AUGGGUUGGAUUCACAACACCAAUGCUGCCGUCGCGCGGUCCUUUGUGGGCCGACGCUUUCGCCUCGAGGGCUCUGGCCACCCCAAGGAGCGCAAGGGCAGCUACUUCUUCACCGAGAUUCGAGCUGGCCUCGCCACCUUUUUCGCCAUGGCCUACAUUAUCUCCGUCAACUCCACCAUUGUCGCCGACUCUGGAGGCACGUGCGUCUGUCCGGCCGACAAUACCAACCUUUGUGUCGAUGACGGAGACUACCUGCUGUGCAAAGCGCGUGUCCAGCGCGAUCUCGUGACUGGUACCGCUGCCAUUGCCGCGCUGACCACCUUUAUGAUGGGUCUGCUGGCCAACAUGCCCAUUGCCUUGGCUCCCGGUAUGGGCUUGAACGCCUACUUCGCCUACACAGUCGUCGGCUUCCACGGCAGCGGACCAGUGCCUUACCGUGUGGCCGUGACUGCUGUGUUCGUUGAAGGUCUCGUCUUCGUCGGUCUCACCCUUGUCGGUCUACGCCAAUGGCUUGCCCGCGCCAUCCCUGCUUCCAUCAAGCUGGCAACCGCUGUCGGUAUUGGUCUUUAUCUGACGAUCAUUGGUCUCACCUACUCCGCUGGUAUUGGUGCCAUCGUCGGUGCAGUUGCCACGCCUGUUGAACUUGCUGGUUGCAAGCCCGAGAACCGGUUGGAGGAUGGCACGUGCCCGACAUUUGACAAGAUGCGCAACCCUACUAUGUGGAUUGGCAUCUUCUGUGGUGGCAUUCUGACCGUAAUGCUGAUGAUGUAUCGCGUCAAGGGCGCCAUCAUCUUCGGCAUCCUACUGGUGUCUAUCAUCUCCUGGCCUCGCGGAACUCCCGUGACCUACUUCCCCUAUACCGACCUGGGCGACGAUAUGUUCAACUUCUUCAAGAGGGUCGCCUACUUCCACCCGAUUGGCGAGGUUCUCGCAGUGCAGCGAUGGGAUAUCAGCGACUACGGAGGACAAUUUGGCCUUGCUUUCAUCACUUUCCUCUAUGUCGAUAUUCUGGACUGCACCGGUACACUAUAUGCCAUGGCUCGCUACUGUGGUGCGAUCGAUGAGCGGACUCAGGACUUUGAGGGCUCUGCGGUUGCCUACCUGGUUGAUGCCUUUGGCAUUACUAUUGGAUCCCUGUUCGGCUCUCCUCCCGUCACUGCCUAUAUCGAGUCUGGUGCCGGCAUUUCAGAAGGUGGCGCUACUGGCCUGACUGCCAUCACAACGGGCUUGUGCUUCUUUAUUUCGAUCUUCUUCGCUCCAAUCUUCGCCUCCAUCCCACCAUGGGCUACUGGCUGUACGCUGAUCAUUGUCGGCUCGAUGAUGGCUAAACAAGCCGCCCAAAUCAACUGGACCUACAUGGGUGAUGCCAUUCCCGCAUUUUUAACUAUUGCCCUGAUGCCCUUCACAUACAGCAUUGCGGAUGGCCUUAUCGCUGGUAUCUGCUCCUAUAUUCUCAUCAACACCACCGUCUGGAUCAUCGAGAAGCUGUCCGGCGGCCGCAUCAAGCCUGCCGACAAAGAGCUCAAAGAUCACUGGACCUACAAGAUCGAGGGUGGACUGCUCCCCCCGUGGGUCGGCCGUGCUGCUCGCGGCAAGAAAGACUUCUGGCGCCCAUACGAUGAUGAGGAGCACAAUGCGCAGGCUCCAGUGGGCAAUACUCUUGAGGGCAAGACAGAGGGUAACGUCGGUGUUGGCGAGGUAGGCAAUGAUCGCGGAAGCAGGUCUAGCAAUAGUGAGAAUGGUGAGGUCAAGAAGCUGUAG